GUCGUUCUCAAGACAGGGUCAGGAAGGUGCUGCCAUCCUAGAAGCAAGGGCUGCCUGGGGAGCUGCCUCCAAAAAGAGAGGAGAAAUUGUACCAACAGCAAACAUUUUGGACCAGCAGGAGCUUACAAGCAGUGCCAGCAUGCAUGAUGAGAUACCAGCUGAGGUGGCGGGUUCCUUAGACAACCAGCUAUCCCAUUAUGUUAGGAAUUCAAACCACUCAGUCUCUCAUGGGAAUACUACCCCUCACAUCCUUAAAAAUGCAGACAGCAGCCAAUCAAUGCAAAGCAUUGAACCCUCCGAUAAGCAGUUUGGGAAAGCAGUAGCUGAUUUAAAUAGGAGCCAUAGUGAUUCUGUUUCUAAUGCAACUAAUUUUGUGGAUUUUUUUCCUGCCAAUAACUCUGAUUCUCUUGGGUUUGACUUACUAACCUACACUAUGCAACUUUAUAGCAAUAAUAGCACGGGGCUUGCUUCCUUCUUUCCUGGAUUGACUCCAACAGCUGGCCACUGCUUGCCCUUACCAGCCAAUCUUCCAUAUUGCAACAACCUGGGCCUAAAACAUUUCAGAAUGCCGAAUUAUUUCAAUCACGGCAGUGACAUGGAAAUUCGGGCUUCUUUGCAUGAGUGGGAGGGGCUUUUAAAAUCUCGGUGUCACCGCUACUUGGAGUGGUUUUACUGCUUGCUACUGGUACCUGGGUGUAAUGCUUCUAUUCCAAUAACACCUCCGCCAUGCCAGGGAUUCUGUGAGGCCCUGAAAGAUCUCUGUUGGAUGCAUUUGAAAGAGGGGCACCUCCCAAUCUCAUGUGACUCUCUCCCUGCGGAGGACAAUGAGUAUUCUUGUGUAUUUAUUAAUGUUUCUGCAGGUAAUAAUGACAGGGGUAAUAUCUGUUAUCAACUUUUUCUUUUUCUUCCACCAGAAAAUUUCAGCACAGAAGUUGGACUCUUACAGCUGAUUGGAGAUCCUCCACCAGAGCAGAUAACCAAAAUUUAUGGCCCUGACAACAAUCCCGGCUAUGUCUUUGGCCCUGAUGCCAACACUGGUCAAGUGGCCCGAUACCACUUGCCAAGCCCUUUUUAUCGGGACUUUUCACUCUUGUUCCAUAUUCAGCCCACAACUAACAAGGCUGGUGUGCUCUUUGCCAUCACAGACUCCUCACAGGCUGUUAUUUACAUUGGCGUUAAGCUGUCUGAUGCAAAGGAAGGAAAGCAGCACAUCAUCUUCUACUACACAGAACCAGGGUCUCAGAGCUCAUAUGCAGCUGCCACUUUCACUGUGUCAUCCCUCCUGAACCAGUGGACUCGCUUUGCUGUUAGCGUGGAGGAUGAGGAGGUGGUGCUGUUCCUCGACUGCGAGGAAUAUGACCGGAUUCGUUUCGAACGCUCCCCUGACGAGAUGGAACUGGAGGAUGGCUCUGGGCUCUUUGUGGGGCAGGCUGGAGGUGCUGAUCCAGACAAAUACCAGGGCGUGAUAGCAGACUUGAAGAUAAAAAAUGAUCCCCAUGCUGCCGUACUCCAGUGUGAGGAGGAUGAGGAUGAUACUGAGGAGAUGUCUGGAGAUUUUGGAAGUGGAGUUGAGGAAAAACUCCACUCAUCAGGAAAGGAGAGGGGGAUCCCAACUGUCUCAGGACUCCCCAAACCUCCCCCUGUCACUUCUCCCCCCAUUGCUGGCAGGCCGGUGGAGAAAGUCAGUGGGAGCUCUCAGCUGCAGACAGAGCACAUCAAAGCAGAAGAAACACCGCCAGUAUCUACAGGAGCCAGGGUUGGUCAAAAAGGUGAAAAGGGGGAGAAAGGAGAACGUGGUCCAAAAGGAGACUCCAGAACUGGUGGGGUUCCAUCCACAGGUGGUGUCAAAGGAGAAAAGGGAGAAAAAGGCGAACUUGGUGUUAAGGGAAGUGCAGGAUUUGGGUAUCCAGGCUCAAAGGGCCAGAAAGGUGAGCCGGGUGCUCCAGGGGAUCCCGGUCCUCCUGGCCCCCCAGGGCCCUCUGGAACCAUCUUGCAGCACCAGGAUGGCUCUGUGGUAGAGCAUGUCACUGGACCUCCAGGAGCCAUGGGCCCCCCAGGGCUUCCCGGGAAAGAUGGUCUCCCUGGCAAGGAUGGAGAGCCUGGGGAUCCUGGUGAAGACGGCAAGCCUGGUGACACUGGGCCCCAGGGAUUCCCAGGAACUCCAGGGGAGCCUGGCCUCAAGGGUGAGAAGGGUGACCCAGGGGUUAGUGUGAAAGGAUCCCCUGGACCGCCUGGCCCUCCUGGCCCGCCUGGGAUACCAGGACUCUCAUCUAAACAGGAUAAGCUGACAUUCAUUGACAUGGAAGGGUCUGGGUUUGCAGGUGAUCUGGAAAGUUUGCGGGGACCCCGAGGCCCACCAGGUCCCCCAGGACCUCCUGGUGUGCCUGGCCUGCCAGGAGAACCAGGAAGAUUUGGGAUGAACCAUACAGCGAUUCCAGGUCCCCCUGGCCUGCCUGGCAAAGAUGGAAGCCCUGGACUGCAAGGGCCAUCUGGUCCUCCAGGUCCUCCAGGAAGAGAAGGUUUACCUGGCCAGCCAGGAUUCAGAGGAGAGAAGGGUGAUUCUGGUGAUCUAGGCCUUCCUGGAGCUCCUGGACCCAAGGGCAGUAAAGGAGAAACUGGGCCACAAGGAUCCCCAGGGGAAACAGGGUUGGCUGGCCUUCCUGGACCUAUUGGACCCCGAGGACAGCCAGGUCCUCCUGGACCUCCAGGGCCAGGCUAUGAAGCUGGAUUUGGUGAUAUGGAAGGCUCAGGCAUACCAAUUGUUUCCAGUGUUCCUGGGCCACGUGGACCUGAAGGGCCACAGGGGCCACCAGGACUCCCUGGACUCAAGGGAGACAUUGGCAGUUUGGGUCAGCCUGGUGUGCCAGGACAAAAGGGAGAUCCUGGUACUCCAGGGACAAAUGGUCAGCCUGGAUUGGAGGGCUUCCCAGGACCUCAGGGACCAAAGGGUGACCAAGGCAGCCCAGGUGUUAAAGGUGAACGAGGUCAAGAUGGAGUUGGACUGCCAGGUCCCCCCGGGCCCCCAGGACCCCCAGGAGAGAUUGUUUAUGCCUCGAAUAAAACAUUGGCUGUUUUGCCAGGCCCAGAGGGCAGACCAGGCCAUGCUGGGUUCCCGGGCCCAGUGGGACCUAAAGGAGAGGCAGGAUCCCCAGGGCUCCAAGGCUUUCCAGGGCUGAAGGGUGAGAAAGGAGAGCCUGGAGUGAUCAUUGGCCCAGAUGGGACAGUCACAGCCCUUGACACAAAAGGAGAAAAGGGUGAACCAGGGCUGAGGGGACCAGUGGGCCCACUGGGCCCGCAUGGACGGCCUGGACAGAAAGGAGAGAUUGGCUUUCCUGGUAGACCUGGUCGUCCUGGCAUGAAUGGGCUGAAGGGUGAGAAAGGUGACCCUGCAGACCCUAGCGGAGGGUUUAGUGUACCGGGUCUUCCAGGUCCCCCAGGUCCCCCAGGCCCUCCAGGCUCUCCUGGCAGCAUAGUGCCCAUCUAUGACGGUAAUGCAUUUACUGAGUCAGGCCCUCCCGGACCUCCUGGCUUGCCAGGUUACCAGGGUGUCCCAGGACACAAGGGUGAGAAAGGAGACACAGGUGCCCCAGGGCCCCCAGGCCAGUUCCCUUAUGACCUCAGCCGAUUUGGUGCCGCUUUUCGGGGUGAAAAAGGAGAGCAAGGGGACUCCGGCUUAAAAGGCGAAAAAGGCGAGCCUGGUGGGGGAACACUAUAUGGACCAGGCGUUGGACAGCCAGGUCUUCCUGGUCCCCAGGGCUACCCUGGUCUUCCGGGUCCCAAGGGAGACAGCAUUGUUGGCCCACCUGGCCCCCCGGGACCUCAGGGACCUCCUGGCAUUGGGUAUGAGGGACGACAGGGCCCUCCUGGCCCCCCUGGUCCCCCUGGGCCCCCCUCCUUCCCAGGACCCCACAGACAAACCAACGUGGUUGGCCCUCCUGGCCCACCAGGGCCUCCGGGACCUCCAGGCACCAGUGGGACAUCUGCUUCCUCUGGGCUGAAGAUCCUGCCGUCGUAUCAGGCCAUGCUGAGCACAGCCCAUGAGGUGCCUGAGGGGUGGCUUGUCUUCAUAGUGGACAGAGAAGAGCUGUAUGUCCGUGUGCGAAAUGGCUUCCGGAGAAUCCUGCUUGAAGAUCACACUGUGAUCUCCAGCACUGCGCUGGACAACGAGGUGUACGACAAGCCGCCCAGCAUCCACUUUGCACGUGGCAGCUCUCCCUCUUCUGGGUCACAGCCACAUGUACCCGUGCACCCGCACCGCGAUUACAACACUUACGCCACGGUGCGGCCCUGGGGAGGAGACGACAUCAUUGCUAACCACCACCGCCUGCCCAAGCAGCCCUCCAUCCACCAGGGAGCACAGCACCAGCAGGAGAAUCUGCAUGACUUCUAUCCAAACCGCCGGCCAGAGGACACCCCCUCUGCCAUGCACACACACCAUGACUUCCAGCCUGCUCUCCACCUCGUGGCUCUGAACACCCCCUUGAGUGGCAGCAUGCGCGGCAUCCGUGGAGCUGACUUCCAGUGCUUCCAGCAAGCCAGGGAGGUCGGACUGACAGGCACCUUCCGAGCCUUCCUCUCCUCCCGGCUGCAGGACCUGUACAGCAUUGUGCGCAGGGCUGACCGGAGCUCGGUGCCCAUUGUCAACCUCAGGGAUGAAGUGCUGUUCAAUAACUGGGAGUCCCUGUUUUCAGGCACGGAGGCGCAGCUCCGAGCCGCUACUCACAUCCUCUCCUUUAAUGGAAAGGAUAUCCUGAGAGACUCCACUUGGCCUCAGAAGAGCGUGUGGCAUGGCUCUGACUCCAAGGGUCGUCGGCUGACCGAGAACUAUUGUGAGACGUGGAGGACUGACAGCAGCGUGGUGACAGGGCAGGCUUCCUCUCUGAGCUCAGGCAAGCUUCUGGAGCAGAAGGCAAGCAGCUGUCAGAAUGCCUUCAUCGUCCUGUGCAUUGAGAACAGCUUCAUGACCUCUUCCAAAAAAUAACCCUGGGCACGAAAUGCUGGGAGGAGGGGACCUGAACACAUCUGUCAAGGGCUGGAGGGGCAGCCGGCUCCCCUGCACAGCUUCUGCCUUCAUGCAUCGAUUCCCAGAUAUAAAGCCAAAGAGUGUUGUGAUAGUUUUAAACGCCAACCAGGCGCUCACUGUGGUGUCUCUUCUCAGCAGCCGCACUCUGACACAGGGCUUGUGCACUGCGGGCUGAUAUGGUUGCCAGAGGAGUGGCCCGGUAGGCUUGCUGGACAUGGCAAACUCCUCAUGUUUGUCUAUGUGCCAUGUUCUUGUUUCUUCUUCUCUCUUAAUUCCCCUAAUAUUUAACCACUUGAGUUAUAUUCUUGCAUAAACUCCCCCUUGUUUCCCUAUUUGUUACCUUGCUUAGGAUGCUUUUUACAGGGAGGGGCCCAGUGUUGCCCACAGGAGUGCAUACCGACAAUGCCCUUCAUUGAGUUUUUGGAAAUCAGCAAGAUGUUCUUCAUUAUAAUAAGAGGCCUGAUUGGAAAGUGGCUGCUUAGCCACUCCUCACACUGCAGCUCCCCACUUUGUGGGGCUCUCUGGCCUUGGUCUCUCUUGUUAGGAGCUGAAGCAACAAGCAGAGCACCUCGGUAAUGAGGCUGUGCUAGACUGGUUCAUGGUGAUCCUUGGGCCUUGGUGUUGUUGGCAGCGCAUCCUGGUGAAGGCAGUUGUGUGAACAGAGUAGCUCUUAGCAUGUGCAGAAGGUCCCAUGAGGAGACCAAAUAUCCAACCUGCAUGUGUGUGUGUGUGUCCCUGGGUGGAAACCACCAGGACCAGGCAGUCCCCCCAUGAGAGAGCUUCCGUCUGCUUGGGUUGGGCCUGUAGGUUAGCUUUCUCCUCAACUUUGCCUGAAGAAGCCAACUGCCUCACCUGUUGCUUAUUCCCCACUUCCCUGGCCCAGCUUUAGGUAUGAAUAACCAGUUCCUGGCUGGACGUGCCCAGGUUCCUCUCCACUUGCAUGGGGGUCACCAACUUCCUGGAUUCUGCUGGGUCUACCUAGUUUGUAAGCCUUUCUGCCCCUGCUGUGAGUUAAGAAGAUGCUCCUCUUCCAUAGCACUUCUAAGCUGUCAGGGGUGCCCUGUCACUGACCUAACCCAGGGCUUUUCUUUCCAAGGCAGAAUAAUUUCAUUGUGAAGAAAGGCACUUUGUUCCCUCCCCAGUGUAGGAGGAUGCCCAGACAUUAGGGCCUGUUGGGCAGACCUGGCCUUUUUUAAAUUGCAUCAGCCAAGGUCCUGGCCUAAUGCUUUCGCCACUCAUUCCUGUUCAGUCUCAGCCCUGAAGGCCCUGCUCCUUUGACUCAUUUCAUUCUGACCCAGACCAUUUCAGAAGCGCUUUCGCUUGUGUUCUUGGGUCCCAGAGCCUGGUUGUGCGUUCUGAUGCCCUAACAGCUUGCCACGGGUCAUGAUGGUAAAAGUUCUCACCGUGAGGUGAGGGCAUAUCAGAAGUAGGUACAGAGCCACACAUCAUUCCCAACGCUUUUUGUGUCUUGGUGCAUUGUUGUUACUAGACACUGAGUUGCUAGGAUUCUUGAGGGGAGUCUUAUGGCUUGUGUCCAGUUUCCCAUGGCAGCUGGCUGGACAGCAAGGUGAGAGGGAGGAUCUGUUUUUUACUUUUCCAGAGCAGUUGCCUCCUGGUCUUGGGCCUCUUUAUUCCAGCCCUCCUAGACUUAAGUCAGCUGUUGCUGAUGGGAAGGAGUGGAGGUCUUUUUUUUUUUUUUUUCCUUCAUGCUUUCCUUUCUCCAUCCAUUCCAUCCCCUUGUUCCACAAGAGGGAGGUUUCCAAGUCUAGCAGCAUCCAGAUAAAAUCUGCUCUCUGGUGGUUUGUCCCAUAGCUAGGGGCUCUGGAUCCUUUCUCCUAGCCCCUACCUGCUGUCCUGAGCACAGUUGUCUUGGUAGUUGAAGACAUAGUCUCUAGGGCAGGUGCUGCUCCCUAUCCCAUCUGAGCUCUAAUUCCAGAAUCCAAGUGUACUGGAGCUGGUGGCUACAUGCCCUGUUGCAGGGCCUGAUUUUCUUGCUCAAGAGGCACGCACCUGUUUGCUGUGUCUGCACAGGCAGGAUGCACUGCACUGUUCUUCUAAUGCUAGUGUAAGAAUUGCUCCCAAAAGGCCUACACAUGGCUUCCAGUCAGAUACCUGCUAAGCCAGGGUCCGCCUGUGCUGUCAGUGCUCUGGUAGGGACAUGCCAUAUCCCGGGCAGUCUGUGCCUUUGUUAUGAGGGGAUUAUUAAGAGCAAUGGGAGAUUUCAUAUCAGUGCAGGAACAGGCUACUCCCAAACCUGCAUAUAGUUUCCUCAUCUGAUUCCUUAGCAUUGGGCUGGAGAGGCCAUUUGUUUGGUAAGUUUAAGUGAUCAGAUUAACGAGCAACUUGUAGGGUACUUAGGAGCAGAAAAGGACAAGAGAAUAUUAUGGGUUAUGACCUGUAUGGGGGAUUUGGGUAGAGAACACAUCCUGAUUUCCAUUCAGCAGCACAGGGCACUGAAUCCCACAGUUAACGUGCAUGUGUGCGUGCAUGCGUGUGACUGACUGAGUUGGCCACUGUGUCUGGGCAUCUUGUGUUAGCACCAGAGCUGGGAAAAUGCUCCCCUUCAAAGCCAGAAACCUUGAACACACUUUCAUGUUAUAUAUGUACUUGUUGAGCACUAAUGUCUAAAAGAUUGUUUAAAUCAGUUUUGAAAAUCUGAGGUGCUAAAUUUUUAACUAGCUUUUUAUUAUUGUAUUGAAAUUAUUACCAUAAAAGUUGUGCAAGUCACACAAUUUCUAUUUCUCAUUGUCUACUGUAUUUUAUGUAAUUAAUGCAAUUUAAAGCCUGUGGAUCUUUAUAUUUUUGUCAGUUGUGUUCUAUAAACCAUUUUCUAAAGGCACUGAAUAAAGGAAAGUAUCCUCUUUUA